AUGGUAACAAUUAUUCCACAACACUCGGGACCGAUUCUGGCUAAUCCAUCUGUGAGAGAUGAGAUGGUGGAUGCACAAACGCCUUUCGUCCAAGGGUCCAAUAGUAAACGUGCUGCUGAGAAACCUAUGCGUACUGUCUUCGACGCGGAGCAAUUCAAAAAAUUAUCAUUCUAUCGAGCGUUAUUAGCCGAAUUUAUCGGUACCAUGUGCCUUGUAUUCGGUCUUUGUAGUACAAAUUUACUACCAGGUAUGCAGCCGGUGUCAGCGUUAAGCAAUAUUUUAACAUCUGGAUUACUUGUAUCGACAUUAGUCGUUUGUUUCGGACACGUAUCAGGGUGCCAUAUAAAUCCGGCCGUCACGAUCGCCUUAUUAGUUGGACGUCAGAUUGAACUCCUUCGAACAAUCUGUUAUAUAAUCAUGCAGUUACUAGGCGCUACAUGUGGCACACUUCUUCUGAAACUAUUUGCUGCACCAUCUGCACAAAAACAUCUUUGUGUGACAAUGAUCACUGAAGGAAUGAGCAUUCAACAAGCAAUUUGUAUGGAGUUCUUUGCCACAUUUAUGCUCUGUUCAACUGUAUUUGCUGUGAUGGAUGAAUACAGGAAUGAUGUUGGUGGAUCGAAAGCACUCACAAUCGGUCUAGCAGUGAGUGUUUCUACUGCCAUUGGUGGGCCUUAUACAGGUGCAUCUCUAAACCCGGCAAGAUCGUUUGGACCAGCACUGGUCAAUUGGUAUUGGACUAAUCACUGGAUUUACUGGUUCGCACCAAUAAGCGCCGGUAUUACAGCAGCCAUUACCUAUAAUUAUCUACUCAAACAUCGCAUUUCAGUGCCUGGAAAACAUCGAUUCUCUCGUUGGUAG